AUGUCUUCUCCGCACAGUUCACCGGCCCUGUUUACCGACGAAGUAACAGCAAACAGCUCUGCACUGCCUUCGGGCCUCACGACGUGGGAGACAACCGCCCUGCCAACCCAGAACGACACAGACGAUGUCAUACCCAAGACGGCUCAGGUGGAUACAAGCUUAAUGACUGAGCAAGAGAACGGCAUUCCUACCGCCCACGGCGGCGAAGGUUCUGCCGGUGACACCGACGAGGAGCUCUGGAUUUCACUAUACCACCAUCUCCUACUGACGCUUGCUCUCGACAAAUCUAUGCCGCUCAUCGACUACCUCAACUCAGGAGUCGCGCGUCAGUUCGACGCAUUCCAGCAAGGUCUUUUGGAUGGUGACGGCAAAAUCGUCCAGAACCCCACAACGCGUACCCCAGAGCAGAUGCUAGAAUUUGAAGCCAAGUGCGAGCGGCUGGUUCCAAAUCUGAUAGCACGUAUCAAAGAAGCUUCGGACAAAAACUCUGUUUGGUGGCCAGAGACCGAGACAGUUGACAACAAGACUCGAGAGACGCACUGGUACUUCACCAUCAAUGAACUGGACAUCCAACGCUAUCGGAAAAUUCGGCUGGAGGAAGGCAUCAGCGGAGCAGGGGAAAAUCGGGAGGACUAUCCAAGCCUUGUUCAAUUUUGCCAGCUGUUGGUCGAAGAGCAUUACGUGUUCCCCAAGCAGGUGACGCGUGCAGAGGGCGAAGUGUUCGACGUUGACACUGAUGACAACUCAAGACAAGUCAUCGCUUUCUUCAAGCAAAAGAACCCUGAGACCGACGAGUGGUACACGCAGGUCGACGAGAUCCCAGAACUGCACGAUGCUGAGGAUGCGGACCAAAACGGCACCACAAAGCCCCGGAAAUUCCUGGUCCCUGAACCGUUGAGCCUUCUCAUUCCACCCAAGAUCAAGGAUAAGCUAUGGGUAUAUAGGCCGUCUACGAAGGAUUGGGAGCGCGCUGACGGGAAGAUCUGGAGGCCGAUCGUUGUGAUCCGCGAGUUCCGCUCGGACACAAGCAAGUAUAUCAAUACUCACAUUGACCUCACUAAGAUCAAAGACGCUGAUCCCAACGCCUAUCUGUAUAAACGGUUGUACAAUCAGUGGGUCAAUCAGAUCCGGCGUCGAGUGACGAAGGAGACAACAAUGGUCCGUGAUCACUGGACAGAGGAGGAGCGUAUGGUGUUAUACAAGGCCAUCAACGUUUGGUGUCGUAAGAAUGGUCUGGAUAAGUUCGGCCCGAAUGCGAUACAGGUCAAGGCAUUGGUGGAAACCGCGGAUGAAGUCAAUCAGGUGCUGAACCGGUCAAGAACGCCCGACGCUUUGAAGAUGCAGAUAAACACUGCGAUUCGAAACAAGCAAAGCCCCGUCUACCUUCUAGCUGAGCAAGCUAAAGAUAUGAAGAAACGAAUCGAGCAGAGCGAAGACGUGCCCGACAAGGAGCGAUAUCCCAUCGAAGGUAUCCCACUCUCCGAAGGGCCCACCACUGGAGACAAAGGUCUGCAAACCAUCGACGCUGAUAUGGACAGCGAUUUGGACAAAGAAGUGGAUGAAUACGACGUGAACGUUGAAGAUGAUGAUUCGCAGGCCACGCUCUCGCCUCCUUCAUCACCAUCGGAGAAGAAUCAUUGA